CCUGUCUGUACUGGUAUACGUCACUGGUGUGCGACCGGCCGCGCGGUGUUGUCAUUCGGGGGCGCGCACGGCGACAUCAUGGGCAGCGACUUCUAUCUCCGCUACUAUGUGGGGCACAAGGGGAAGUUCGGGCACGAGUUCCUGGAGUUCGAGUUCCGGCCGGACGGUAAACUUCGUUAUGCCAACAAUAGUAACUACAAGAACGACGUAAUGAUCAGAAAGGAGGCAUACGUACACAAGAGUGUGAUGGAGGAACUGAAGCGGAUCAUAGAUGACAGUGAGAUAACAAAAGAAGACGACGCCUUGUGGCCCCCGCCGGACAGAGUUGGCCGACAGGAGCUGGAGAUUGUCAUUGGGGAUGAGCACAUAUCUUUCACCACCUCAAAAAUCGGUUCCCUUAUAGAUGUCAAUCAGUCAAAGGACCCCGAGGGACUACGAGUUUUCUAUUACCUUGUACAGGACCUGAAGUGUCUGGUCUUCAGCCUGAUUGGACUUCACUUUAAAAUCAAACCCAUCUAGUUCUCUGGGAGAACGGGAGCAUUUUAUGUUGUUUUUGAUGCGAAUGCUGAUGUUUUUGUGUUUUGUUUUUGUUUGUUUUUUAUUGUGUAUCUUUUACAGAUCUGACUCUUUAUAAAAAUGUGGAAUAAACCUUUUAGACUGUU